AUGGGCUUGGACGCGUUCCCAAACACGCUGUGGGACGAGGAUCAGGCUGGCGCGGUCACGAUGCCCGCUCCCGCGCAACUCACCGCCGCGAUCGCGCAGGCCAACACCAACAAGCUUUCAGGCGCCCCGUCCAUCCCUGCUCCCGCCGGGUCCUUUCCCGGCGCGACGGCUGCGACCGCCAACCCCGCCCCAAACCUGCAGGCGAACCCGAUCCCGGAUACCUGGAAGCCCCACCCGAUGGACCCGCUGCGAUUUGUCAAGCACGAGAUCCGCCAGCUUCUCUUGGCUCGUGGCUCGCUGUCAAUCGCGCAGCUCCCGGAGGAGUACCUCAAGUGCUACCGCAAGCCCCUGACGCAGGCGCUCAAGAUGCUCGACUCCCAGUACACCCCCGAGAGCGCGAGGAGCGGCAAGCCGAGCGGCCGCGCGAGGAAGUCGACGCUUGGUUCUUUUCUCCGCGAGCACCUCACCGAUGUCAUCGAGGUUCGUCAGCGGCCGCACGGGCAGCACGAGAUCGUCGCCACGGGAGCCCCCAACACCAACGGCACCGCCAUGCUCAACGGCAACGGCAUGCUCAACGGCAACGGCAUGCUCAACGGCAACGGCAUGCUCAACAGCAACGGCAUGCAACAGGUCACCAACGACCAGUACGUCGCGUUCCAGGCUGGACUGCAGCAAACGUGGAGCCGGGAGGAGACCCCAGAGGAGCGUAUCCGCGCUCUCAUCCUCAAGCAGCAGCAGCAACAGCAACAGCAACAGCAGCAGCACCUCAGGCAGCUCAGGAAUGCCCUGAGUCAGGCAAACGUGGGAGCCGCCGGCAUGGCCACUUACGACUCUCCUCUGCCCUUGGACCUGAACGGACCCCUGAUGGGGUCGCAGCAGGUGAGAGACGUGCUGAGGUCUGCGCAGCUCCUGAAGGGUGCCGGAUACAACGUGGAUGGCGCCAACCUCGCGGGUCUCGAAUCGCUCGGGGUUGAUGUCAACGCCAGCUUGCUCGCCAUGUCCCGCCACGGCGCCGGUUCCGACGCUCUCACCGCCGCGGCGGUGGGCGCCCUUCGAGGCGCCGCCCUGCUGAGCCCCGCUGCGAGCGAGAUCCCAGCGGAGAACCGCAUCUACGUCACGUGGAGGGUCCCCUCCAAGGCCAUCCCCCUCAGGGUCGAGGAUCUGUGGAGCUACUUCAGUCGGUUCGGCCAGCUCGCCUUCUGCAACCCGCGGCCGCUGCGCAACUCGCACGCCCCCAGGCGCACUCCGAGCCUCUCCGGCGCCGGUUACGCGUUUCUCGGGUUCUCCGACCCGGGUGGCGCAGACGCCGUCGCCCGAGUCCUCGAGCGACCCUCGCACGCCCUCCGCGGCGCCGAGAUUCGCGUCAAGCCCUGGCGCGAGCGCGAUGAGGACACGGGUAACGGCGACGCGCCCGCGGCCGCCGUCGCCGCCGACGUGCCCCACGCGGUUGGCGAUUACUACUUCCCCCACCCCGAGAGCGGGCUGCCAGUGCUCGCGUCCGCCGCGGGCCUCGCGCAGCUCGCAGCCGCGUCGAACAGGUCCGCCAACACCCAGGCGUUGGCGAUGAACGACAUGGCGAGCCUCGGGUUCGGAUUGAGCUCAAACAUAAGCCAUCGAUCCGCUUCGGAUGUCGCGCUCGACUCUCUCGGUUUUGACGAGACUGCCCUCUUUGGCGAGGGCUUCUUCAACAUCGGUCCGGAUGAUUCCACGACGAGAGCAAAGCUUGACAACGGCCCAACUCAGGCGGCGCAAUACAUGUCCGCACAGAGCCAGCUCAACGCCGCGAGAAACAACGGCAUGUGGGGCGGCUCUGGCGGCGGCAUGUGGGGCGGCAGCAGCGGCUCGGAGCGCUCGGAGCGCUCGUCGCUCGAGUCCCCCAACGCCUCCGCCGAUCAGGCAUCCAACAUUACUUUCAACCCAACUAUGUGGCAGUCCUCAGCCGUGGAGACUUCGUCCGCCUCGGAUGAGACUUGGACCGGAAGCCGCCUGUGGAACUACACGGGCGGGACCGCAGCCACCGGAUCGGGCGCCUAAUGA